CAAAUGAAAGUGUGAAAUCCAGCUGGGCUGGAACCCAUCUCUCUCUCUUCAUCAUGUUUUCUCAACAGUUCAUGGACCCUCUUUCUUGAUCCUCCACAUCAAUGUUUUGUUCUUAAAAUCCCAACUUUUAUAUUCCCUGCUGGUUAGUUGGAUCAAACACCAGUGGCAAGGGAGAAGAUGAAACAUGGUGAAAAAACAAGUGACAAACCAACAACAUUUUCACCUAAGAUUACCAUGUUUGGUCAGACUUUGAAGUGGUGGGGUUGGUUGUAAUUAAAGAUAAUACAUCUGUGUGUUUUUUCACCUUUUACUGUGUGUAAAUCCAGCCAUGAAAAGACAUGGAAGCUCAGAUUCCAUUGUGGGGUUGUUACCCAUGUGCCAAACUCUAGAAGAAAGUAGCAGUCCUGUGGGAUACACAAGAGAGUUUCAAUCCAUGUUAAUGGAUGGUUUAGAGGAAGAUUGUGUUGGUGGUGGUGAGUGUGUCCAGAUCGAAAAGAAAAGGCGAUUAAGCGCGAAUCAAGUGAAAGCGUUGGAGAAAAACUUUGAAAUGGAGAACAAACUGGAGCCGGAUAGGAAAGUAAAGCUCGCUCAGGAGCUUGGUCUGCAACCGCGACAAGUGGCGGUUUGGUUUCAAAACCGCCGCGCGCGGUGGAAGACCAAACAACUUGAGCGAGACUAUGGUGUCCUUAAAUCGAAUUAUGAUUCGCUUAAAGAUAAUUAUGACUCACUCAAACAUGACAAUGAAUCCCUACUUAAACAAAUUAAGGAGCUAAAAUCAAAGUUGUACGGGGACGAUGAACAGAGCAAUGUCCCGAUGCAGGAACAGUGCGAGGAUAAACCUAAAUCGUUGGAAAACAUGAUUGAAACAACAUAUUUUCCGGAUUUUAAAGACGGGUCAUCCGACAGUGACUCGAGUGCGAUCAUGAAUGAAGAGAAUUCAAGUGCCAUGGCCGACAUGAUAAAGGAUUCAAGGGCCAUCAUGGGCGAUGCGCAAAAAGCGUACCAGCCUCAGUUUGUGAAGCUUGAGGAACAUAAUUUCUUCGGUGGAGACGAGUCUUGCAACUUCUUCUCGGACGAUCAAGCUCCAACGCUACAAUGGUACUGUCAAGAUCAGUGGAACUUAUCCGAGGAGAAUUAAAAUCGAACGUUAAUCGAUCGCCCAUCACCGAUGGAAUUAUUCUAAAAUAAGUAAGAACAAGCUUGUAAAUUAGAAACAAGAAUGAAAUCGGUGGCAUGAGGGAUGUAUUUAUAGAAGCUUAAUUUUCUAUUUGAGGUAAACAAGUGAAGAAGAAAAAGCUUCUUCAACUUGAAUGGAUGAAAUGAAACAUCAUGUAAUUUUGGAAAAUAAAUUAAGUCCCUAAGUUCAGAUGCAUUUUAAUAAAUAUGUUUUGAAUCA